GUGAAAGGGAGGGGGGGGUAUUUUUACACAGUUUUUAAAAAGUUUCAGAAACGACACAGCAGCUAUAUUUCUGCGCGAAAACGUAGUUUCAAAACUCAAUUAUAAUCAAAAUGCGUACGUCACUAGCAGCGGGCGUGGUUAAACCCAACUCGCGACACUGAUUGGCUGCCCGCCCUGUCGAGGGGAUGGAAGGGGCGGGGUCGGGAUGAGAAGGGGCGGGUUAUGAAACUGGAGUCCAGUGUCCGCCAUUUUGGCUCCGGCUGCGCUGUGUUUCAGUUCGCUUUGUCCCGUCGCGGAUCCGCAAUGGCGCCAGUUUCACCUCAAUUAUUAUCACUGUUGUUUUUAUUUCAAAGCUGCUGCUGGCGUGCGGGGGUCGUUGCGUUUUUUGUUUGUUUUCUAAAAAAAAAAAAAAAAAUCUGAAUGUUUUUAGUUAAGGUGACGGUUUAGAUGUGAGAUCGACUAAAGAAAGCAGCAGCAGCAGCAGCAGCUCGCCCCGCUUGCAGAGAGAGAGCCAGCGAGCGAGAGAGUGAGAACGGAUCAGCCUCACUCACAGGAAGUUUCAGAGAUGGAAGCAGCUCACGUCAGCCCAGAGCUUCCUAUUCGAUGGGUUGUUUCUGCAGACAGGACUGUUGAGAUCAAGGAGGAAGUGACUGAGCUGUGGUGCGACCAGGCCAACGAGCGGAUCCUGCAGGAGGAAACGCCACCUUCUAGCAUCGCUGAGAGAGCUUGUAAUGUAGAUGAAGGAGGGCAGGACCCCACUGCAUCACCCCACUGCAAAAACCCUUCCAGUGGCAAACCGCAGAGCAAGAAACACAGAGAGACGACACCCCGAGAAGAGAAUGUAAAACACUGGAGAGUCCAGAUUCCUUCUGUAGGAGUGUCGUUUGUUCUGGAGAGUACAGAGACUGCAGAUUCUGCGUGUGUGAACAAUUCUGAAACCCAGGGCAGCUUGAAGACUUUGUCUUGUUCUACUGAAGAUGGGAAGAGUUCCCGGCGAUUAGGCGCUCCUAAAACUCGCAAGGGAAAUCACACAAGAGGGACUGCAUUUCUCUGUGGUGAUUGUGGGAAGAGUUUCACUCUGUUUGGAAAUCUUAAAAAACACCAACUAAUUCACACAGGAGAGAAACCACACUGCUGUAGUGAAUGUGAGAAGACAUUCUCUCGCUUAGAACAUCUUAAACGUCACCAGCGAAUUCACACAGGAGAGAAACCGCACCAGUGCGAUGAUUGUGGGAAGCACUUCACUGUAUUGGGAAAUCUUAAAAAACACCAACUAAUUCACACAGGAGAGAAACCAUAUCACUGUAGUGAAUGUGAAAAGAGGUUCUCUCGAUUAGAACAUCUUAAAGAUCACCAGCGAAUUCACACAGGAGACAAACCGCACCAGUGCGAUGAUUGUGGGAAGCGCUUCACUCUAUUGGGAAAUCUUAAAAAACACCAACUAAAUCACGCAGAUGACAAACCAUACCAGUGCGAUCAAUGUGAGAAGAGGUUCUCUCGAUCAGAAUACCUUAAAGUUCACCAGCGAAUUCACACGGGAGAGAAACCGCACCAGUGCGAUGAUUGUGGGAAGCGCUUCAAUCAAUUUGGAAAUCUUACAAAACACAAACGAAUCCACACAGGCGAGAAACCACACCGCUGCAGUGAAUGUGGGAGAAGCUUCACUCGAGCAGACCAGCUUAAAAUGCACCAAGUCAUUCACACAGGAGAGAAAGCACACCACUGCAGUGACUGUGGGAAGAGCUUCACUCGAGCAGACAAUCUUAGAAAACACCAACUAAUUCACACAGUGGUGAAACCCAUUAAACAGGAGAGUCCUGUACUAGAAUCAGUCCAUAUUGAAGAGGAGAGUCCUGUACUAGAAUCAGUUCAUAUUCAAGAGGAGAGUCCUGAACUAGACCCUGUCCAUGUUGAAGAGGAGGGGAACCAUUUUAAAACAAGCAGCUUGCAAGGCGCUCUGUCCUGUACAGAAUGUGGGAAGAGUUUCAGUCAGUCACAAAACCUGAAACUUCACCAGCAAAUUCACACUGGAGAGAAACGGCAUGUCUGUGCCGACUGUGGGAAGAGCUUCAGCCAGUCAGGCAACUUGAAAAGACACCAGAAAAUUCAUACUGGAGAGAAACCAUAUGUCUGUGCUGACUGUGGGAAGAGUUUCAGACGUUUACAAAACCUGAAACUUCACCAGCGAACCCACACUGGAGAGAAACGGCAUGUCUGUGCCGACUGUGGGAAGAGCUUCAGUCAGUCAGGCAACUUGAAAAGACAUCGGAUAAUUCACACUGGAGAGAAACCAUAUGUCUGUGCUGACUGUGGCAAGAGCUUCAGACAUUUACAAAACCUGAAACUUCACCAGAGAAUCCACACUGGAGAGAAACAACAUGUCUGUGCCGACUGUGGGAAGAGCUUCAGUCAGUCGGGCACUUUAAAAAUACAUCAGCGAAUUCACACAGGAGAGAAACCGCAUCUGUGUAGUAAAUGUGGGAAAAUUUUCAAUCUGCUAGCGCAUCUUAAAAACCACCAGUUAAUUCACACAGGUGAGAAACCGUAUACCUGUAACGACUGUGGGAAGAGUUUCAGACAGAUAGACAACUUGAAAAGACACCAGAGAAUCCACACUGGAGAGAAACCAUUUGUCUGUGCCGACUGUGGGAAGAGUUUUGGACAGUCCGGCUCUUUGCUAAUACACCAGCAAAUUCACACAGGAGAGAAACCGCAUUACUGCAAGGACUGUGGGAAGAGUUUCAGAAGGAUAGAUGGCUUGAAAAUGCACCGGCGAUUCCACACAGGAGAGAAACCGCAUCACUGCAAUCACUGUGGGAAGAGUUUUACUGCUUCCAGUUCUCUUAAAAGACACAAAUGCAAGUUGUGAAGUUUAAUCAGAAUGUGAGUGUGUGUUCGUUCACCCGCACUCAGAAAUCCCAGUCUCUUUAAACAGUGGCGUAAUAUAGAAACUGAGAGAACACGGGUGAAUGUCUACAGAUGAUACAGAUCUCUCAAUAUUAAACACACUGUUCUGAAGCCAUUACAAUGUAAAGUACAUUGCUGUCUGUUUUAUAGCAUUAUAAUUGAAUUAUCUUUUAAAAUGACUCUUUGAAAUAUUUAAAACACAGUCUGUUGUCUUUCCAGCUAAUAUCUGUGUAACUCUUCCUAACAUAAUAAACUGCAUUGGAUUGAAAAUAACAAGCUGUUUUAAUCAGUAAGAAGGGUUUCUAUCAGUGUGAUCAGUAAGCUGUGUGUUAAUCGUGUUCAACUUCAAGAUUGAGAGAAAUAAUCGCAGUAACCCUGUCUUUGUGACACUGAACUCAUUUCAUGAAGUGUGUGAAGAGACUAGAAGACUCUGCCCGUGUAUUUUGUGAGGGACACCGAUUACAAAGCACUGCCUUGUUUUAUUAUUACGGUUCACUUCUAUUGUAACGUUAAGCUUGAGUUUUUAAAUGUCGGAUUUCACUUCCAGUGACACACAAACCCAGAAUCUGAAAGAGAAGGCGUCUCUGCAGUAAAUAUCAGUGCAUCACAUCUGUAUCAAAGAACAGGAAAGCAUCUAAACACUAGCGUUCAGUGUGGAAUGGGAUGUGGGUGUUUGGAACUAGUAAAUGGUAAAUGUUGUUAAGAUUUGAAGCAUGGUCUGGUCUCAUCCUUACAGAGGAACAAAGCAGUUAAUUCCAUGUUGAUCUGAAUCCACAAACCUGACAGGCUGCAGUGUUAACCUGCAGUGUAAAGAGACAGGGCAGUACACCUGCCAUCCACACAGCAUGCAAACACACACAAUACAGCACUGUGCAAAAGAGCUGGCCAAAACAUUAGGAACACCUGCCAUACAC